CUUAUGGUUAUGGCGCGGGUUUCUCUCGUGGAUUCGCGCGAACAGCUUUAUAGAUUUUUACGCACGGCGUCGUCGCCCUCGUGGCUACUCGAACGUACAUGCGUCUCGUACGCGGACGCGCGCGCGAUUUUUCAUACUUGUAACAUACAAAUUAUGCGUUAUGUGUACGGUUGUGUCAUAUGUACCGCGCGUAAGCGUCGCAGGUAUCAUCUGUCAUGGCGCAUGCCGCCGCCGUUGUCAUACGGUUGGUUCGAGCCACGGUAAUCUCAGAUCGAUGGUCAAACUUCACGCUGUGGAAACUGCGCAAAGUAAAGUUUAACAGAUAAGAUAACUUUGUUCUGUCAAAUUGAAGGAACUUUAAGUCAUGACUUGCACAGAAUAAAGUUUGGCUCGUACGAAAUGAUAAGCGACAGGAUAGAAAGAAGAGAGAAUGAAGAGAACAAGAGAGAAUUUGAGUGAAGUUUAACCGAGAUAUUACUAAUAAUGUGGAAUCGGUCGAGGGGAAGUCGAGACCCUCCCAAGGCAAGACUCUUAGCCGCGAGGGGAAGGUAAUGCGCAAAAUACAGCGCUUACAAUUAUAUAGUCAAAGACUACAAAGUGAGAAAGAUAGCGAACGGUAGAGGGGAGAGUUUGCGCAAAUAUGACGGACGGAGAGGGAACGAAAGAUGCGCAUGCGCGCACCGCUUGGUGACGCUACCCGGUGCGCCGCGCAUAGCAUAGCCACGCUUAUUGCACGUCGUAUGAGCGUCAACGAUUGCCAAGAGUAUCAAUAUCGUUGUAAACAAGUGCCUGUUUAUCUAAAAAUAUUAUUGAUUAUAUAUUAAAUACAAGUCUCCCCGAUUAUUACCAUCUUAAAUAAGCUGGAAAGAAGAGGCGAGUGUUAAAAAAGUGGAUAAAUGCUGCUUUAUUAAAGCAGCAAGAGACAACAGAUUUUCUCUUCCAUUUUGGAAGAACAAGUGGCUGAGUGGAGAAUCGGCGUUAUUUCUAAAAACAAAUUUGAUUUUCGUUUUUGAUAUUAACGAGCGUUAAUUCUAACAAAAAAAAAAAAAAAAAAAAAAAAUCGUAAAAUAUUAAAAACGUGAAGAAGUGUGCUGCUUACAUCUCAAGGGGACAUAUAUCUCCAUUUUGACAGAAUAAGUGGUCGGAUUAAAACGGCGUCAUUUUUAUACUUGGCAAAAGAGCCCUCCAUAUUUAACAAAAGUUCUGACAUUAUAAUUAAUAUUAAUUUUGAACAAUUAAAAGAACAAUUAAAGAAGUGAAGAGAAGUGUGUCACGGUGGCUCGAAAGAAACAGAUAUACUUAUUUUGGAGUAAGGAGAACACGUGACCGUGUCCGGCGUCACUUUUGAUAUAUUUGGGCAACGUAUUUUCCGUCGACAUUGUGACAGUGUUACUUCCAUCAAUUUCGAGGAGUUCAAAUCUCGACUUUUUUGCGUUUCUUCGACGAAACAUGAAGCUAAUUGUAAACGCGCUCAAUGAAAUUAGUGAUUAUCAAGAUAAUUUUUACACAGACUUAAUGUUAUUUUCGUAUUUAUUACUACGACCAUAUUUUUUGGGCAAUUCUACAUUUUCGUUGCUUCGUGAACUUCAGAAACGAUAGUGAUUCAUAUAACGGACAGGAUGUUCAGUUUUCACAAACCAAAGGUGUACCGAUCUAGUACAGGCUGCUGCAUUUGUAAAGCCAAAUCUAGCAGUUCGAGAUUUACAGACAGUAAAAAGUAUGAGGACGACUUUAUGCCAUGUUUUCAACUUGAGGAGAGGCGUAGUGGUGAAAUAUGUAAUGCAUGUGUGCUUCUAGUUAAAAGAUUCAAGAAGCUACCUCCAGGAAGUAAUCGUAACUGGAAACAUGUUGUGGAUGCGCGUGCCGGUCCCGGUAUUAAGUCGUUGACAAAAUUCAAAGCAAAAAAUAAAAGGAAGCUUAAAGAUAAACCUGACAAGCUUGUCAAAAAGAAACACAUUUUCAUAAAAACGGAGGCAGAUCGAGAACAAAGCCCGGCGAUGAGCGACGAUUUGACCGAAGAUUACAGAUUAACGGAUAGCAAAAUUUCAAGCAGAUCGGAAAGCGCUUCAGACGACGACGAUAUUAAUGCUAAUGAAAAACAACUAGGUCUCACUUCUGAAGAUCAAGAUAUUGAAAAAGACAAUAUUAAUUUCAUCGAUUUAUCAUAUUAUAAAAGGGAAGUAAUUUGUUGCGGCAGCAUCUUCAGAGGUGCCAAUGGCGAGGUCAUAAUGUACCCUUCCUUCCUCAAACCCUGUAUAAGCUGCUUUACCGGGCGGCAGCUUACUGCUUCCUUGGCAUCCGUCAGUCCCAUUCACAGUUCGGCAUCUGUUAGUCCUGCUCAUAGCGUCGAAUCUACAUCAUCAGCAAAUACGGAAACUAAUUCCAAACAAAGUACCAAAACAUUCAGUGAUUCGUCGUCUGAUUCCGGUUAUGAUGAAUCCUCCAAUCAGUAUGAGAGCAAGAUGGCGAAGAAUGUUCAGAUCAAGGAAGAUGUGGAGAUAGAAGAACCUGUAAGGUCUAUAGAACUUGAACAAUUAUCGAAUUGUAAAUCCUUGCAAACUAUUAAUGUCGGUAAUCAGUCACUCCAGUCGGUCUCCAAUUAAUGUCGGUCCUUUGUAGAAGGUUAAUUUAUUCCUUUACUUAUGAAAAAAUACGCAUAAAUAUGUACAUAUAUAUACAUAUACAGGGGGUAUCCAUACAAAUCAUUAAAUAAUUUUUUAAUGACAAGUUUCAUCUAAAAUUUCAAUUUGGAAGAUUCUUAUAAUUUGAAAGAUUUUCAAUUUAGAAAGAAUUUUAUCUUUAUAGCACAAAAAUUUAAUUUUUAAUUCUGAGAUAAGACUAAUUUUUGACAUUCGACUCCUGCAAUAUUUAUUUUUUUCUGGGGGGCGGGGGGGUUAUUUUAGAUUACAAAAUUCUUAAACUAAACUUUGAAUUUCAAUUUGAAGACGAUUUUUCCCUGUGGAGAAUAUUCGAAUUUUAACUUUAUGAGAUAUAAGUAAGAUUUUUGAUCUUACUCAGCAUUUAAACUAUUUUUUUCUUAUUAUUAUUAAGCAUUAUUAAUUCAAAAAUGCUGAAUAAAUAAUAAAGCAAAAACUUGCUUUCUUAUUUAAAAAUAAUUUAUAUAAACUAAUAUUUUAUAUAAAAAAAUAAGAGAAUAAAUAUAUUUUUUUAUAUUUUAAUGAAAUAAAAGAAUGUUUCUAAGAUUUUAAAGGGAUAUUUUGUAAUUCUAAAAUAUUAAAAAAGAAUAUACGGUAAAAGAACGCUGAGUGACGAUGAAAAUGAAUAUUUAAUAUUUGAAAGUGGUUAUUUACGAAAAAAGCGUCUCAAUUGUUAAACUUUCUUUGUUUUUUUAAAUCUAAAAAUUUUUUACUUAAAACAUCUUUUUGGAAUUAACAUAUCUUGAGAUGUCAUUAAUUUGUUAUAGUACAUAUGGAUCACCCUGUAUAUGCAGAUAGAUUUAAGCUUAAAUUAAUUAAGUGCACUAUUUCCGGGCAGCAAAAUGGCUCUGAAAGGGUUUUAAUCUUCAUUUUGAAGAUUUAAAUGCCAUUUGGAUGCAAUUUAUCGUGUUAAGAAUAAUAAGUUAAUUCUAGCAAUGGACUGACGUAAACCGCCAUUUCUCGAGCCGAUAAUCUUUAAGUCUUAAGAUAUAGCAAUAUAAACACACAUCAAAGUACUGUGAUGAUAUUGUAAAGUAAGAGAUGCUCAGAUUUCUUACACUGAACAGUGGUUCGAACUGGUGGUUUACGCUCUCGCCUUUCUACACUCAAGUGCCACUGCUUAAAGAUGUACACAAGGUGUGCUAAAACAACCAAAGUCAACAAUCCUGAUAAAAGAUGAUGACUGAAGAUGAAACUAAUAUUUGUCUAUGAAAUUCUAAGUUAAAACUAGUUAUUGGGUUAUUGCAUUUAAAAUGUCGAGUUUUAAAAUUUUCAGCUCUUUAAAUACAAUUUCAAUUCUGUAGAUACUUAUAAGAAAUUCUUUUUUAAAAAAUUUUUUGAGUUUUUUAAGUUUUUUAAGAUUUUUCUAUAAAAUUAGAACUUUUUAUCUUUUAGUUUUAAACUCCCUACAUUUAAUCCAGAUGAGAUUAUGAAAAUGGUUUCUUAUUAUGAGAAAAGGCAAAAAACAACAGAAUCUUUAUAAGUUAUAUAACUUAUAAAUUAUCUGAAAAUUUUAUAAAUAUAAGAACAAGAUUUUUCAUAUGACAUAAUUUAAUAAUUUAAAAUUUAAUUACAAAUGUAUGGCACAAAUUUUGGAAUUUCGACAUUUUUUAUCCAGAAAAAAUUACCUAAUAAUUAACUAUAAUAGAAUUGAUUUUUUAGAAGGAUAUUUGAUAGUUGUUUUGGAACAUUCUGUACAAGCUCCAAGCUGCCAAUCUAUUCUCGCCCGGGUCCAAAAAAGCGAAGAUAAGAAAAAAGAGACGGGUUUUUGCAUUUACUUCCAUGUCACGCGACGCUCCAUGACGUAAAUUAAUAAAUAGCAGUUACAUUGAUGACCCAAGUCGAUAGCAAUAAAUAAAGACAAACAUUUAUACAGCAGGGGGACUGACAAAGUCUGUUUUUAGUCUGUAUUUAGACAGUAUUAGUAGAGAGAAAAAAAUGACGGAGAGGAAAAGAUAUAGAUCUAGAUAGAAAAAUUGAAAGUGGCAAUCAGAUUGGCAAACUGGACCAGCAAAUUUUUGAUAGGUAAUUUUAGAGAAUAUGAUACUUAGAGAUAUUUCUAUAGAGAGAGAAGAGAGAGACACAAAAAGGGAGGAAAAAAGAGGAGUAAACAAGUAAAAACUGUUAGUUCCUAGUUAAUAAAGAAGAGAUGGGCACAUUCUGAUUACACGUUUAGCGUAAAGUUUGUUCAAUUCUGAUUUUAUAGGAGGUCUUCCAGAUUACCUUUUAUCAUCUAUAGAUCUUUCACCAAUUUGUUAUCCAUUUUUCCUUAACGAAAAUACGAAAGAUGGAUUCCAAGCUGAUCAUAAAAUCUAUAGAUGAUGACAUCUAUAAAAGUUUUUAUUGGACAAUAGGAGAUAGUCGGAAAUAUAAAGUUUGAAGUCAUUUAAAUAAGAAUAGGAAACAAUUCUAAUAAUUUCUGACUAUUCUCUUGAUAUUUAACGCUAAACGUGAGAAAAAAGCGGGCUAAAAAAUGUACAAGCCGAGUACCUGCUGAGGACAAGUCGCAACUGUGAUCAUGGGGUUGUUUUCAGAUUGUUUCGUUCUAAUUACACGCACAAAAAGAAAAGAAAAUUAACUAUUUGAUGAUAUGCAAGAAUAAUUUGAAAUACUGUGUCUGUUGCAAUAGAUGAAAAUUAUUGGAAUCUGUUUGAUAUAUUAAGUUGAUGAAAAAGUUUUUGUUCGCGUUUAUUUGUUUUGUCAGUUUAAGAAUAAUAUAACAUAAGAAAAUUUUGAACAAUCAACUUAAUAUUUAAACAGAUUCGGUGAAAUCAGGAUUUAUAUGUAUUUAUGGAGCCAAGGGUCUAUGCAUCGAGAAUUAAUUAAACUGAGAAUUGAUUAUCGAUUGAGCCAAAAACCUAUGGAAUUAAGGGCCAAUUUUUCAAAACUUAUCAAGAUUUCUAUUGUGUUUAAUUAUUUAAAAAAAAAA